UCCAUUGUCACGACUUUUCAUGUCCUGUGGAGUUGACGGAGAGCCAGAGCCGGCCCCGGGAGAGGCGACGGAGAUACAAGCUGACCUCUCCGCCUUCUGUCAGCUUCCCGACGGGGUUGGCUGCUGCACAAGAUACAGUCCCUUGCCCCUGGACCUGCUUCUCAGGCUUCUAACAGUGGAGACGAAAGGUACAACAGACAGUCUCCGAGAGGCGAUGGCAACAGCACCGGUACUUCAUCUACCGGAUCGAGCCCUAUCUCUCACCCCCACCUCCACUCUCUGUCGAGGGACCUCUCGUUCGACUCGUUACUGUUCAGCCGCACGCAUCGAGAGGGUUCUAUAGACAGCAUGUCCUCGGAGCUGAGCCUGGAUCUACCAUCGUUUGCCGAGCAAGCAACGGAC